GGGGCGGGUGGCUGGCUGCAGGCAGGAUUGAGAGGCAGUGUGAUAGUAACAAUUAGGGAAUAAUGCCUUCCACUUCCCUCUUCUCUGGCACUCCCUCGAAAUCCUCCUCGGGUUGGCUCGAGUAUGUGCUGAUCCACUACAGAUGGGUGAUCGUCAUAUUCUUCCUGCUGCCCGCCUCAUUCCUUUACGACAUCUACUACUACACUCGCUCGUGGGUGGUGUUCAAACUCAGCUCAGCCCCGCAGCAUCAUGACAAGAAGGUUGCCACUGUACAGAAACAGGUGCAGGCAUGGAAUGGAGAGACUCCCAUGUGCACAGCAAGGCCAGGGUGGCAAACCAUCAGCUUCAGGGAGGGUGCCUACAAGAAGACCUGUCACAAGGUGGCCAUCAACCUUGUGGAUGUACUGCAGAUUGACACUGAAAAGAAGACGGUGUGGUGUGAGCCACUGGUGACCAUGGGCCAGCUUACCCACACCCUGGUGGAGUUGGGCUGGACCAUUCCUGUGGUGCCAGAGAUGGAUGACCUCACUGUUGGAGGGUUGGUCAUGGGCACUGGGAUAGAGACAUCCUCUCACAAGCAGGGCCUCUUCCAGCACAUCUGCCUCUCCUAUGAACUAGUCCUGGCUGAUGGCUCUGUGGUGACCUGUUCCAAGGAUGAGAACCAAGAUCUCUUCUACUCAGUUCCCUGGUCAUAUGGCACUCUGGGCUUCCUGACGGCUGUGGAAAUAAAGAUCAUCCCAGCAGCAAGGUUUGUGAAGGUGGAGUACAAGCCGUGCUACUCCCUGGAUAACCUUGUGGACACCUUUACAGCAGAGACGCGGAGGACAGAAGGGAACCAAUUUGUGGAAGGCCUCAUGUACUCCCUCCACUCUGGUGUGGUGAUGACAGCAAAUAUGAGCAACACUGCUGAGCCUGGCAAGAUUAAUGAGAUAGGGAGAUGGUUCAAGCCGUGGUUCUUCAAGCAUGUGGGGGCAUACUUGGACAAAGGAGAGGGUGGUGUGGAGUACAUUCCCCUGCGAGACUAUUACCACCGCCACACUCGCUCCAUCUUCUGGGAAAUACAGGAUAUCAUUCCGUUUGGCAACAAUGUAGUGUUUCGUUACCUCCUUGGGUGGCUGGUGCCUCCCAAAGUGUCACUGCUGAAGCUGACUCAGGGACAAGCAGUGAAGGAGCUGUAUGAGAAGAACCACUUCAUCCAGGACAUGCUGGUGCCUCUGGCCGACAUGAAGGAGGCUCUGGAGGUGUUUCACAAAGAAGUGAAGAUUUACCCGCUAUGGCUGUGCCCCUUCAAGGUGGAGGCCAACCCUGGCAUGCUGAGGCCAGUGGGGGACAAGGAGACACUUUAUGUGGAUAUAGGGUCAUAUGGCACUCCAGGAGUUGACAACUUCCACCCUGAGCGCACCACUAGGAGGGUGGAGGCCUUUGUGAGGAAAGUGAAGGGGUUCCAGAUGAUGUAUGCUGAUUCCUACAUGACUCGGGACGAAUACCGAGAGAUGUUUGACCACACUCUAUAUGACAGGAUGAGGAAGGAGCUCCAGUGUGAGAAGGCCUUUCCAGUGGUGUAUGACAAGGUGAACAGGAAGGCACGCAUUUAAAGAUUACUGUUAGUGUUCAAAUAAAUGUGAACUAAUAUGA